AUGCUGACGGAUCUGGAGAGUGCCAUUAACUCCCUGAUUGAAGUCUACCACAAGUACUCCCUGCUGAAAGGGAAUUACCACGCCGUCUAUAGGGAUGACUUGAAGAAAUUGUUAGAGACAGAGUGUCCUAAGUAUAUGAAGAAAAAGGAUGCAGACACUUGGUUCAAAGAGUUGGACAUCAAUGAGGAUGGUGGAAUUAACUUCGAGGAGUUCAUGGUGCUGGUGAUAAAGGUGGGCCUGGCAACCCAUGAAGACAUUCACAAAGAAUAG